AUGCUCAUAACACACUAUGAUCUAUAUAUUGGCAUUGGCAUUGGUGCUGUAUCAGUUAUUAUCAUAAUUCUUAUUGCAACAAUCAUUUUUUGUAAAUGUUGCGUGCCUUCGUCAAGUCAUCGUUAUUUCGGUCGACCUGUAAGUCAUUAUGCGGCUAUUAAUAAUAUCGAUGCGAAAACAUAUUUCAAACCUCCACAACAUCUCAUUUAUGCGCCUAUUGUUCAUCGUAUUCCACAACCACCAGUUAUUACUCAAGAAAUUUCUUCAACUCAAUCAGGUCGAACAUCAGUUGCAUCAGGCGGUCGCCUAUCAAUUUUAUCAGAAAAAUUAUCUCGUCUAUCAAUAAGUUCAAAUCAAUCGUGUCGCCCAUCUGUGGCAUCAGAUAGUGUACUUUUACAAAAGAAAUGUGACAAUGGCCGUCUUUCGCAUUCCUAUGAUGAUUCUAAUACAGAAGCGGUUACAGCACAUUAUUUAGGCAGACGAACAUCUAAAGCACCGCGUUUAUCAAUAGCUGCCGUUGAGGCACAUGCAGUCGGCCAGAGUUCAUCACCAGGUGGAGCUAAUUCAAAAAAUAUUCGAUUUCAAUUAUUUCCUCGUACAUCAGAUAUUGUUGAACAAUCGAUUUCAUGUGUUGAUCCAUCAUCCACGACGGCAUCACAGCCAACAUCACAGCUAUCAUCACCAUCACCACCACCGCCACCACAAUCAGCAAUAACAACAGCAACAAAUAUUACCGAAGAACAAGUAUUAUCAACGAAACGACAAUUAACAAAAGCAAAUUCAUCGCAAACUGGAAAUACAGGUCGUCGUCAAUCAUUACUUCGAUCACCAUCAUCUAAGUAUACCAUACCAAAAUUCCCUAUCGUUGGAAAACAAUUAGGCAAUGUUACACGAGGUUCUACUGCUUUACCAGAACAAGGACUUCUCUCGCCUCCUGCUCUUCCCCAAACAUCAUCUCUUUUUAUUCCUAAUAAGACAUUACGUGGUGCAUUAGGCGCUAUUAUGCCUGAUCUAUACUUUGUUGGCGCGGGAUGUGGUAGAAAUAGCACUUGCAGCAUUACGGGUGCCAAUAUUGGCACUGUAUUUAAUGAACGAACAAAUGAAGAAUUAUCCACUGUAGAUGAAAGCAUACAUCGAUUACAUAUUCGAAUUAUGUAUGAUGAUCAUCGAAAUGAUCUCAUUGUCAAUUUGAUUGAAGCUCAAUGUUUACCAUUUGAAUGUGUAGAAUAUGCUAAUCCUUAUGUAAAAAUUCAUCUUCGACCUCCAGUCGAUCAAAAAUUACGGCAAACAUCCGUAAAACCACAAACAAUAAAUCCUGUUUGGAAUGAAUAUUUUAAAUUCGGUGUUGCCAAUGAAACAUUAUAUAGAACAACAAAGACUUUAUAUUUUUAUAUCUAUAGUUAUGCUCAUUCAAGUCGACCUGAAUGUGUUGGUGAAACACAAAUACGUUUAACACCACAGACAAUUCAUGGUCGAGAUCUAUGGUGUACUAUUAAUAAACAACGAGCAGAAGAUGAAUAUCUCGGUGAAUUAUUAGUGUCAUUAACAUAUUUAGCACAAGCCGAACGGCUUAAUGUUGGGAUAAUUGAAGCACGUAAUUUGAAGGCUCUUUCAAUGCAUCUUGAAGCUGAUCCAGUGGUUCGUUUAACAUUGCAAUUAGGCCCAACUGAUAAAGUGAAGAGGAAGAAAACAAGUGUCAAACGUAAUACAUUGAGCCCAAAAUGGAAUGAAGAAUUGUCUUUUAACAUUCCUGGUGUCUCAUUAGCUGAAUCAUAUCUGGAAAUAGGCGUUUAUCAUCAUGAUCUUAUUGCGCCAGAUGAACCAUUAGGAUUUUUACGUUUUGAAAAUACAACACCCAUUAGUAAUGCUAAUAUUGCACAACAUAGUGAAAUAAUUCAUUGGACUGAAGUUAUCAAUGGUGGACAACGAGCUGCUUGUUGGCAUCUAUUAAGAAAAGCUGCAAGAAUCGUGCCACCACCACCACCAACGCCAUCAUCAGUAGUGCCUUCUCCUAGUCAUACUAAUACUAAUACUAAUACUAAUAAUACUAAAAGCGCACAGCCAUUAUUACAAUCUAAAAAUGUUACAAAUAUCACUAAAUAA